AUGAUGCCUAAACAUUGCCUUCUAGGCUUUCUCAUCACUCUCUUCCCAACUGGUGCUGCAGAAACUCACCCAGCCCCUGAGUCUCUGAAGCCUCAGAGAGUGCAUUUUCAGUCCCGGAACUUCUACAACGUUUUGCACUGGCAGCCUGGGAGGGCUUCUGCCAGCAGCAGCAGCAGCAUCUAUUUUGUACAAUACAAAAUCUAUGGACAGAUACAAUGGAAAAAUAAAGAGGACUGUUGGGGUAUUCAAGAAUUAUUUUGUGACCUUACCAACGAAACUUCAGAUGUUCGGGAGGCUUAUUACGCAAGGGUGAGGACGGCUGUGGCUGGGACCCACUCAGCCUGGACCAUGACACGGCGGUUCAUUCCCUGGUGGGAAACAAAAAUAGGUCCUCCAAGCAUGAAUAUAACCCAAGUCAAUGGAUCCUUGUUGGUGAUUCUCCAUCCUCCAAAGAUACCAUAUAGAAACCAAAAAGGAAAAAAUGUAUCAAUGGAAAAUUACUAUGAGAUAGUAUACCGAGUCUUUAUAAUUAAUAAUUCACUAGAAAAGGAACAAAAGGUGUAUGAAGGAACUCACAGAGUGGUUGAAAUUGAAGCAGUAACGCCUCAUACUGGUUACUGUGUAGUGGCUGAAUUAUAUCAGCCCAUGCUAGACAGAAGAAGUCAGAGAAGUGAAGAGGGAUGUGUGAAAUGA